AUGAGAUUCUAUAAGCGCGCCAAGGAGGCUCAGUGUUCAACAAACCUUCCUUUUAUUAUUGUCCAGACAAAGGAAGAUUGUGCAAUCGGUCACGAUGCCGAGACUAUAAACCAAAACAAGGCGAGAUUAAAGGAUUUUUGUCUGCAGCAUCGUCUACUGUGGCCACCAGUGCGGACGAGCUGCAUGCAAUCGGAGGUCAAUGAUUUGCCUGAGCUGAAUGAGUACGUUUACACAGUGGCAGCUGACCCUAAUAUCGCGGUAGGUAACGCACCUUUGACCUGGAUCCGCAUUUUUCGUCGAGUCAACGUAGUGGCGAUUGUAUCGAUUGCCGCGAUAGGUCUUCUUCAGGCACUAGUGGUGGGAGUAAUUCGUUACCAGAAAAACAGAAAGUCUUUGAGUUAG